UUAGCCUAAUUUCUUUUGUUCUUUCUUUACACAAGCAUUGAUUGGAGUUAGAUAAUUGCAUCUACACGUGUCCUAUGAAGAUGUAACGCAAAAAAAUAAAAAAUUGAUCAAAAGAUGUAACGCAAUUAGUAAAUGCUUUUCCACAGCUGCUCCCUCUCUCUCUCCUCUCUUUCUCUCUCUUACCAGCUCAAAAAUGAAGGAAAAUUGAAAAAUCAGCUGCGGAGCGUUAUUGCUGAGCAUGCUUUCAGCCCUUUUGAGUUAUUGAUUUGUUUGUGCUGUUUCAAUUCAAAAUUUGUAAGUAAGAGUCCUUCAACUCAAAUCUUGAAUCCAUUUUUGGGGGAAAAAAUUGAAUCUUUGCUGCGGCUGCAUCAAUCCCAUUUGUAGUUUUUGCUGUAUAAUUUGUUGGGAUUUGGAAUUUGUUGUUGCGGAAUGAAUCUUUGAUUGAGGGAAAAGUGAAAUAUCAAUAAAGAAAAAUGCAUAUUUUCAAGAGGCUGAGAGGGGUUGCCUUAGAUCCAUGAAAUCCAUAUCUCCAUGUGUCAAAAAAGUUGGCAUCUUUUGAGGGUUUGCUUGUGAAUCUUGUGGGGGGUCGGUUUUCCUUUUUCCUAGGUUUGUUUUCAUGACUUCCCCUUCUUGCAGUUAUGGAUAAGGGUUUAAAUUUUUUGUCCUUUUCUUGAUUCUCGUGAGUAUAUAAGGGUUGGUGUUUGCAGAUUGGGAUCUUGGCUUUUAAGGUUGUUGUUUUUGAGUUUUCUUGAUUCCAAUCCUUAAAAUUUCUCUUUGUGGAAGUAUGUUUAAUGCAUCCUUUGUUUGACUCCUAGAUCCCUAUUUACCUCUUUCAGUUGUGUUGGAAAGUAGUUAGUUUCGAUCUCGUUCCUUUUUUGUUUACUUCUUCACGCAAUUGCUCCUCCUUUUUUGUUUGGGUAGUGAUCCAAUUGAUGAACUUUUGAUUCCUCUCUUAAGGUCAGUUUGUUACCUGAAAAGAUCGAUUUCGAGCAUCUGCAUAGGUUUAUAGAGCCUUUUCUUUAUCUAUAAAUCGGUUUGGGAUUGCAAUGAUGGAAGAGAUAUCUCCUGCAGCAGUCGCAGUUCCAUUUAGUCUAGGCAAUCCCGUGUGUGAGAAUCCCGCGAUUUCAAACCAUAUGGAGAUUGCUCGACUCAAAUUAGUGACGGAGACAGCAUCGUUGCUGUCUGAUCCAGCAUUUGGCUGGGAUGCUGGUUUUAGUUGUGUGAAAACUGAAACCAGUGAGGUGGAUAGCAUGCUAGACUCGACACUCGUUAGUGAGAAUAGUCAGUCGGGCGGUAGUAAUGUUCAUGAUAGUGAAGAGGAUGAACUUAUCUUGUUCGGGGAGGGCACUAACUUGAUAGGUAGUGUAGAGUUGCUACCCCUAGAUCCCACCUCAAAUAUAGCUGUGCCACUUGUUGCUGCUUCUGAAACGAGCGUGCCAAUUGCUGUUGAGAUUGAGGGUGUGGAGAAUGGACAGCUUGUUGCAAAGGUGAUCAGUGUGGAGGAGAAAGGCAUACCAACGGGAGAAUGUUCGAGUGGACCUGCAAUUAGAGAAUCUGUAGUUUCUGUUAAACUGCCCUGUGAGAGAACCCCCGGGAAAGGUGGUGUUAAGAGUGUCUUUGAGCUGGACUGUGUGCCGCUCUGGGGUUCAGUGUCGAUAUGUGGACACAGGCCCGAGAUGGAAGAUGCUCUUAUGGUUGCACCACAUUUCAUGAAAAUUCCGGUGAAGUUAUUUAUUGGUGACCAUGGAAGCGAUGGAAUAAGUCAGACUUUGAAUCAACUGACUUCUCAUUUUUUUGCGGUUUAUGAUGGUCAUGGUGGAUCUCAGGUUGCGAAUUAUUGUCGUGAUCGUAUUCAUUGGGCUUUGGUGGAGGAAUUGAACGAAUGUAAAGUGGUGGAAGGGAGCACUAGGGACACUAGGCAGGUGCAGUGGGAGAAGAUUUUCACCGAUUGCUUCCUAAAAGUCGAUGAUGAAGUUGGGGGCAAGUCAAUAGAGGGCAACCCUCAAGGAGAUAUGGAAGAGGAUUGCAUUGUCGAACCUCUUGCCCCAGAAACCGUUGGAUCUACUGCUGUCGUUGCAGUUUUGUCAUCCUCCCAUAUUAUAGUUGCGAAUUGUGGAGAUUCGAGGGCUGUACUCUAUCGUGGUAAAGAAGCAAUCCCGUUAUCAGUUGAUCACAAACCAAGUCGGGAGGAUGAAUAUGCUAGGAUUGAGGCAUCCGGAGGCAAGGUCAUAUCGUGGAACGGCCACCGCGUUUUUGGUGUUCUUGCAAUGUCAAGGUCUAUCGGCGACAGAUACUUGAAGCCAUGGAUCAUACCUGAGCCGGAGGUAAUGUUCGUCCCUCGCAGCAGAGAAGACGACUGUCUCAUCCUGGCCAGCGACGGGUUGUGGGAUGUGAUGUCGAACGAGGAAGUGUGUGAAGUGGCGAAGAAACGCAUUCUGAUCUGGCACAAGAAGAACGGGACAGACCCGCUGGCAGAUCGAGGCCAAGGCGUCGACCCGGCCGCACAAUCCGCGGCAGAUUACCUCUGCCACCUGGCCCUGCAGGCGGGGAGCAAAGAUAACAUCUCUGUAAUUGUGAUAGACUUGAAGUCUAAGAGGAAGAUCAAGACCAAAUCUUGAUCUUCCAUUUUCACUGUUGCUUACUGUAGUUUUUACACAGCGUAAUAUUUUCUCAUUUUUACAUAAUCAGUCCAUAUGUUCUUUUUUUUCUUCAUGGGCUUGAAAAGUGUGUAUGAGAAUGGUUUUUUAGUAUGUAAUAUAGAAAAAGAGGGGAGAUUACUUAA